AUGUCGAAAGAACAGCUUUUCCAACUGCUGCCGAUGCCAGACGAUGGCCUGCAACAAGUCCUCGAAUAUGCCGCCACCCUUUCCAAGCAAGAAGCUGCUGAACAUUUCUCCAACAUGCUCGGCGACUCGCCCCAAGUCGUCGAGUUCAUUUCGACAUUCAACGCACGACGAAGCGAUCCAAAAGCAUCACCGCCACCAAGAAACGCACCCACGUCCACGCCCACGUACUCUUCCGCAUCGACCGCCCAAAACUCAGCACAAAACUCUGAAGCUGACGGCGUCCCAAAGCCCCGUCGAGGUCCCAAGAAGAAAGCAAAUAUCCAUACCCCGCCCCCUAGACAAGUCGCCUCGUUUGCGCUUGGGCCAGGAACUGUCUACAGCAAGAAGGACUCGCAAGAUGAAUACAUCUCAGCACGAUCAGGCGCUUCGACACCCUCACACGCCACCAGUGGUCCCAGCAAACCACCACCCACCAAGACUGCCACACCUCCUCUGACCCAGACCUCGAAGCCUCCUCCCUCCGCGUUAGGCUCCCUAGUGUCGGACCUCGGGCAACCCAAGUCCAAAACCAAAUCCAACCCUACCUCACGAACUUCGACACCCGGACCAUCGUCAUCGAAGAAUAACAAUGGGAAUACGGCCAAGGUCACCAUCACAGGAGGCGUGGCGAUGCAUGGCUCGUCUACGGUCCUGAGCGACCUCGACCAAGCCAUUCGGUCUCUCGAGAUCACCACCAAUCCCUCACACUCAACAAAUAGCGCCGAAGGUGUGGCGGCACGACGGUGUAAUUGCGUUGGAACAAGACAUCCUCCCCUGGCAGCAGCCCCGAACUGCCUUCAUUGCGGCAAAGUCAUCUGCAUCAAGGAAGGGCCCGGACCAUGUACAUUUUGCGGGCAACCAUUGCUGAGCUCGGCUGAGAUACAAGGUAUGAUCAAGGAGCUUAGGGCAGACAGAGGACGUGAGAAGAUGGCAGCAGAUCGGGAAGCGCAUAAGAAGGCCGAGGUUGCAGGGACCCCACGGCCGUAUACCAAAACCAGAGAUCCCACCAUCGCAGAAGCGCAAGCUCUAGCUCACCGGGACAAGCUGCUAGCAUUCCAAGCUCAAAAUGCCCAACGGACGACGGUACGGGACGAGGCAGCUGACUUUGAUGCCACUGUGGGAGGAAGCAUGUGGGCCACCCCAGAAGAAAGGGCGUUGGCGUUGAAGAAGCAACAAAAGCUCCUUCGAGAAAUGGAAUGGAACGCUAAACCUGAAUACGAGAAGCGCCAGCAAGUCGUGAGCAUUGAUCUCACAGGGCGUAAAGUGUUCAAGAAGAUGGCCAAAAUUGAGAGACCCCCAACGCCUGUUGAUGAUGUCGAAGAUGACUAUGGCUAUGAAGCUCCCAUCUUGCAAGGCACCCACGUGAGCAAGGGGCAAGGCGGUGCUUUCAGCAAGAACCCACUACUGAGCGGAGUAAUCCGGCCGGUCUACGAUUUGAAGGGCGAGGGCGAGAAGCUUGAAGGUAGGAAAGACAGGGCCACCAAAUGGCGAAGAGUCCAAGAUGAUUUGGAGAACAACGAGGAAGCCAUUCUCGAUGGCGGCAUUUACGGUGGGGGUCAAGGCGCCAGAGUGGGAGCAGUUGGCGAUGAGCCAGAGUGCGCUUAG